AUGCCGUACACACCACCAACCAAAUCUCCUGUCGCCUCAAGACCUCAAACUCCACAUCUGAGCCGUUCCCACUCAUACAACAAAAGCCAACCCCACGAUACAUCCGCCUCAAGCCAUGCCUCGAGAAAUGAAUUGCCGCACUCGACAUCAUCCAGAGCCUACCUAAACAAACACCGCCGAAGUCCCUCAAUCGCCAAGCAGUCUGAACUGCCAACUCCUGAUGCUACUCCACAAGAGAAUAUAAGCUCAGAUAGCGAGGAUCAAAAGAGCGAGGAAACCUUGGCUACGAAGAGUCGCCUUUCUCCUACGGUUGGCCCAGCGGUUUCAUUAGAGCCUGCUCUACCCGUCUCACCCCAGACCUCCAGCGAUGACGAGACCGCGACAGAGCGGGGUAGGGCCAGAGACAUAGUGGAUUUGGCUGAGCUGCAGGCGGCUAUCAGAAUAAUUGAACAACAUCGAGCGGGUUCUCCCGACACGCACGCAAGCGAAGCUACAAAGAGAGCAAGAUUGACCCUUGGUCUUCCGUCGCAUCAGAUAGACCCGUCGAACAAAGACAACACAUCAAAGCCUGUGCUCUCGCCUCGGUUGCGCCUGUCAGCUGAAGCCCGCAAGAUUUCACACUCGAGGUCGACUACUGAUGCAAGCGCGUUCUUCGACUUCCCUCGGAAUAAAUUUGACUCGCCCGCACGAAGUACAUCUGAGAGUGACGGAGAGGAUGUUGAAGAUGAUGAACUACGAAUAAAGCCGUCUCUGAUUCGCAAAAAAUCGGGCGAGCUUGUAAGGCCGGCCUUAAGGGCAUCGUCUACGAGGAGAAGACCGUCAAGCAUGCCCGGAACACCAACAUACUCAAAAGCUGUACAUUUCCAAGACAGCAGCCUAGAACACGUUCGUCAUUUCCUACAGGUAGAUCGACCAAUUGCUGUCAGUGCUGGGUCGUCACCUGUCGAUCCCUAUGAUGAAGAAAACGAAUUUCCAUUUGGCGACGAUGAAUCCAGUCCACCGUCGCCUCCAUUCGAAUGGGAAAUCCGAAUGACCAAUUUUCCUCAAGUCAGUCUUGAGCGAGGCGCUUUGCCAGUCCGGACUGAGCGGGUAUACCUAUCACCCGAUACUAAGAUUCUGAAAGGAGAUGUGGUAGUGCGUAAUCUCGCUUUCCACAAGCUGGUCAUUGCGCGCUUCACUCUUGACUACUGGAAGACGACAUCGGAAGUUGUGGCAGAGUACAGCAAUGACGUGCGCAAAAAGCAAGCAGCUCAUGACUGUGAUCUGUUUACUUUCCGUAUCAAGCUCGAAGACCAGGCAAACCUCGAGAACAAGACUAUGUUAUUCUGUGUGAGGUACAGCGUGAAUGGCCAGAAUUACUGGGACAACAACAACUCCGUUAACUAUCAGGUGGAUUUCUCGAAGAGAGCUAAGCCUCAGAAUGGCAAGCAAGGCGCGCAAGCGAAGAGCUCUCACCCGCUCAAUGCUCUACCUCGUAGCAGACCAUCGGCAAACUUCUCUUCGCCAAGGCCUCGCAGCAUGCCAUCUUUCGAUGACUUUGCUGGUAGCGUAAAUCCAUACGAAUUCUCUUCGUUACUUCAGCCGUCUGCGCUUGUUGGUGACUCUCCCAUACGGUUCAAGAACAAACCGUCUGCGAGAGGAAUUGUCCCGGAUGCGCCAGGACGUCCAAAAGCCUCGACCAAUCAACAAGCUUUCGGGAAUCGGUAUGAUUUUGGUGCUUCAUUGUCUGCAGCAAUCCAGGCUGCUGGUACUUCUAUUGGUGACAAAGGGGAAGUGCCAUCGAAGCCACCGUCUGACAAACACACCGAAAUGCCUCCGGUGGUCAAGGUCCAGCCGUCUCCGGACGCCGGGAAAGCCGUCAAUAGCAGCGAAGCCGGCCAGCAAAAGGUCGCAGAUCUCCCAAAGCCUGUUGCUUUGACCGCUGAGAAGCCAUCGCUACAGUCACAGUCUUACCACGAGCUCCUCGACAAAUACUGCUUCUUUGGAUCUGCGAAGCCAUCCGCUCAGCCUGCCAAGCCUGGACCAGCUCAGGUCGAUGGUGCCCCUGAUGACCUACCAGAGCCUCAGAACGAGUCUGGCAAGCUUUCGGGAUCAGCUAGUCCCUCGCCCCCUGGAAGUCGUUCGCCACCUGUGGCGGAUAGAAAGUCAUCGAAGAUCUCAAGCCCCCAGGCUUCAAGAUCAUCAUCUCCUGCGACCGGGUCCGCUGUUGGUUCGAGGACCGCUUCACCUCCAUCAUUCAGAUAUCCGUUUCAUCAGACAAUGCAAAAUGGACUGUUUGAGACGCAUGCACCCACUGCGAUUCGUGGGUGA